AUGGAGGUUGUGAUUGAAAAGGAAUGCAGCGCGCUCGGAGGGCUCUUCCAGACUCUCAUUGCAGACAUGAAAAGCAGCUGCCCAAUUUGGGAGGACUUUAUCACCAAGGCUGGAAAACUUCAGUCUCAACUCAGGGCAACUGUGGUUGCGGUGGCUGCCUUCCUGGAUGCCUUUCAGAAAGUGGCUGACUUGGCCACCAACUCGCGAGGUGGAACCAGAGACAUUGGGUCUGCCCUCACCAGGAUGUGUAUGAGGCAUCGCAGCAUUGAGGCCAAACUGAAGCAUUUCUCCAUGGUGUUCAUGGAGGGUCUGCUAGGUCCUUUACAAGAACAGAUGGAGGAGUGGAAACGGGGACUCAACUCUUUGGACAAGGACCACGCAAAAGAGUAUAAGAGAGCCCGCCAAGAAAUAAAGAAGAAGUCUUCAGACACACUCAAACUUCAGAAGAAAGCGAAGAAAGCUGACACUUGGGGUCGUGGAGAUUUUCAACCGCAGUUGGACAGUGCGAUGCAGGAUGUCAGUGAUAAAUACAUUCUGCUGGAAGAGACAGAGAAGCAGGCUCUGAGAAAGGUUCUGAUUGAGGACAGGCAGAGGUUCUGCUGUUUUGUGGCCCUUCUCCAGCCUGUAGUGGAUGAGGAGAUUUCCAUGCUGGGAGAGGUCACUCACCUCCAGGCUAUUUCUGAUGACCUCAAAGCCUUGACCUCUGAUCCGCACAAACUCCCGGCCUCCAGCGAGCAGGUGAUUCUCGAUAUGAAGGGCUCAGACUUUACUUGGUCCUAUCAGACACCGCCUUCUUCUCCAAGCUCCACUGUGUCCAGAAAGUCCAGCAUGUGCAGUAGCCUGAACAGCGUGAACAGUAGUGACUCCAGGGGCUCCAGUGGGUCCCAUUCUCACUCUCCUUCCUCCUCUUCUUCCUCCUCUUCCUCCCACCACCUUUUCCACCUCCAUCACCCACGCAACCGCCACCGUAGCUCCACGCUCCCCCAGCCAACCCCAGCGCGCCUCCCCAGCAUCUCCUCCCACGACUCGGGCUUCAUCUCCUCCUCACACGACCAGUACUCCAAGUCUUCGUCGCCAAUGCCGGCUGAAUCAAAGCCCUGUCCUGGCUCCAACUCCUCUGAGAUGUCAGAGACUGGACCGCUACACAGUGACUGCUCCACCGCUCUGAGCUCUGCUACUGACAUGCUGCACACUGACCAGCCACCCAACGGCUAUGACCACUGCAGCCCCUCAAGCUCCCCAUACCUGCAUAGUAAUGGGUCAGGCUCAGCCUUUCCAUUUUACCCCCCAUCCUCACCCACCUCCACCUCCACCUCAUCUGCCCCUCGCUCAUGGUCCCGUCCCACCUCGGCCUUGCUGCCAGAAUUGCCCCAGUAUUGUACUUUGGGCUCUCCCAUGCUGCCAUCAUCCCGUGUCCCCAGUUGGAAGGACUGGGCAAAACCAGGGCCCUAUGACCAGCCAAUGGUCAAUACUCUGAGGAGGAAGAAAGACAAGGAGAGUCUGCCUGUGAUAGAUCCUAAUGGGACUCAAAGUGUGAUUCAUUAUGAUGACGGCUUGACAUCCGCCCUCAUAUCUGCUCCUGCGGUUCUACAAACUCCACACCACUCUAUGGAGGAGGCCAACAGGACAGUUGUGUCACAAAUCAAGGCUGGAGACUUCUUGCCACAUGAGGAACUUGCAAUGGCCUUAUCACGAGGUCUAGAGUUGGACUGCCAGCGGUCCAGUCGAGAAUCGAUCCAGUGCUCCAGUGGCUACAGCACCCAGACUAACACACCAUGUUGCUCUGAGGAUACAAUACCUUCACAAGUUUCAGAUUAUGACUACUUCUCCAUGGCUGGGGACCAAGAGGCAGAGCAGGCUGAUUAUGAUAAAUCAUCGACUAUUCCGAGGAAUAGUGACAUUGGACAGUCCUACAGACGCAUGUUCCAGACAAAGCGGCCCGCUUCAACAGCUGGUCUGCCCAGCACACAGGCACCUUUCCCUGGUCAGGGAGGCUAUCCUCCUACACCCAUGCACUCAGCUCAUUAUCAAUCUAAUGGGACUUAUCCAUCCAUGCCCACAGCUUCUUCAAAUCAGGGCUAUUACUCUGGUUCCAGUACUCAUAAUGGCACAUACUCUUCGGGCCAUGGUCCAGUCAUUGUCACCCCAGGAGUUGCUACAAUCCGCAGAACUCCUUCAAAACCCUCGGCUCGGCGUUCUGCCUCUGUAGCUGGUACAGGCCCUAUUCCUAUCCGCACACCGGUUGUCCCAGUGAAAAUCCCUACUGUACCGGACAUGACAGCUGCUGUGAAUGGAAAUACAGAAAGAGUCCGAGGUGAUGAGAGCCCAAAUUAUCAGAUGUUUGCUGGAGAAGAAGUCCCUCUUCAGAUGGGGUCCUGGAGCGGACAGGCAUCCACUAACCCUCCUGCCACAAGUUUAGCUAACUAUCAGCACAUGCCUAAUCAGGCAGGACCAGAGGAGGGAGCUGGAGAGCUGAUGGGAGAGUCAGGAGAAAAUGAUGGCAACAUGCUUGUUGCUAUUCGCAAAGGGGUCAAACUCAAAAGAACUCUGACUAAUGACCGCUCAGCCCCUCGCAUUGCCUAA